UGCCAAGGAGGCAUGGACCUUAAGAUAAAAGGCGGCCCGAUGCACACUAAUUGGAGCGGAGUUGUACCGACGGUCAUACUCCGGAGUAUACCUAAAAUGCAUUGGGGAAGAAGAGGCGCGCACCAUGGUUCAUGACCUGCAUGAAGGACUAUGCGCGGUGCGCAGUAUGGAACACACGAUACUACUGCACGGAUAUUAUUGGCCGCGAGUGAAAAAAGACACAAAGAAGUAUGUUGACCAAUGUCACAAAUGUCAACUACACGCGCGCCAACAUCACCUCCCGUCCACGGAGUUCCAAGGCAAUUUAAGCGCAUGGCCCUUCGCGCAAUGGGGAGUGGAUCUCCUGGGCCCCUUCCCAACGGCCAAGGGAAAACGCAAGUACAUAAUUGUAGCGGUAGAUUACUUCACCAAGUGGAUCGAGGCAGAAGCAUUGGCCUCGAUAACGGCGCAUCAGGUAACAUGCUUCUUAAGAAGCAACAUCCUGGCCCGCUUUGGAGUCCCAAACGCAUUCAUCUUCGAUCACGGGAAACAAUUCGACUGCGCGGAAGUGAUAAACUUUUGCGACCAGGUGGGGGCCAUCGCGAGAUUCGCAUUGGUAGCCUACCCCCAAACCAAUGGCCAAGCGGAGGCGGCCAACAAAGAAAUCGUGCACGACCUCCACACGAGACUAGACGAAGCCAAAGGCAAUUGGGCAGACGAGCACAACACGGUGUUAUGGGCGCACCGCACCACUUUCAAAGUGGCAACGGGAGAAACCCCGUUCGCGCUCACCUAUGGCACUGAUGCAGUGAUACCCAUUGAGAUAACAUCCCCAACCUAUCGGGUCACGGCAUAUGAUGAGGCGGAUAACGAUGAAGCACGCCUGCUAGACCUGGAGCUAGCACAAGAACGGCGAGAAUUGGCGGCCAUCAAGCUAGCCGCGACGAAAGAGCAAGUAGCCAAGUACUACAACGCGAAGCUAGUCCCGCACAAACUGAUACUCGGAGAUCAAGUGCUGCGCAGGAACCAGGGCCGUCCCAUGAUAUUUGGAGGCCCUGUUCGAAAAUUUAAAAUGUGGCCCUAAUUUUUUUUCCCCAUAAAUUUAUCAAAAUUAAAAAUUAGUAAAUAAUUGUAAAAAAAUACUUAUGUUCAGAAAAAGAUUACAUCAGGAAUAAACGAUCUCGUUUCCAGUUUGACCAAGAAACCAAGACCGAAUUCCCAGCCCUAGUAGGGAGGAAAGUAAAUCUGUAAUGAAGAGAAAAUGGAUAUAGCACAAAAAUUUGAAUGGAGAAAUGAAAAUAGUCUAAAUUGAUCGAGAGGUGGGUGCAGGGUUGUCUACUAGAUCGUGGAGGCCCUAUUUCAAAAUCUAGACGUGGUCCAAAUCGACCUUUAACUAUAAUAAAACUUAAAUGUAAUA